AUGUCCGCAACAUCACAAGCGAGAGCGAUAGGUGACGAGAGAGUAAAAUUCCCUCUGCAUGAUGCCGCUAGGGAAGGUAAAACUCAACUUGUCGAAUCCCUGCUCGCAUCGCAUCUCAAAGAUGCGCUAAAAAAGGAUGAGGAUGAGCGUUUGCCUAUACACUGGGCGGCUUCGGGCUCCCAUGAUGAGAUAGUGGACCAACUACUACUCGUAAAGGGUUUAGAUGUUGAUGAGACGGAUUCUUCGGGCUGGACCGUACUCCACAUUGCUGCUAGUACCGGAAACGAUACUCUUGUCGGAAAGCUCAUCAAGAGAGAUGCCGACGUGAAUCAGAAAACGAAUACCGGGCAGACGGCGCUCCACUUCGCCACGUCCAAGAAUCACCUAGAAACAGUGAAGCUCCUUCUUGCAAAUGGAGCUUCAGCCCGUAUCCGCGACAAUCGUUCCCAGCUACCCCUCCACCGGGCCGCAGCUAUUGGCUCCGUGCCCAUCGCGAAACUCCUAAUCCAGCAUGGUUCCCCCUUAAAUACUUCGGACACAUCGAACCAAACGCCACUGCACCACGCCAUGGCUGAAGGCCAUGGGGACGUUGUGGUGGAGCUUCUAAGAGCUGGAGCAGAACAGGAUAGGAAAGACGAUGAUGGCAAGCUCUGGUAUGAAGUUCUUGGAGCAUCGGAACGUGAUAAGCAGGUGGUAGAAUAUGUCAGAAAAGCCUGCGAGGCAGAAGGAAUCGAACUAAAAAUUGAAGGCGAGGGACAAAAUUAG